AUGAAUCCAGAAACUGAAAAGAUAACAUUUCGUUCAGCUAAACAACAAAACUUAAGGAAAAGACUGAGAUCUACAAGUGAAGUUGGAGCGGACAAUGAAAUUGUUGUUGGAGAUAGCAUUAAUUACGACUUGAUCAAUGAAACCAAAGCAAAACAAAAACUUCGAACACGUCAAAAUGGCGUGAAGUUUGCGACUUUGGCACUUGGGAAAAAAAUAUCACUCGAAGAAGAAGUCACGGUUAAAGAUCCGUUUAAUAUCCAAAUAGGAGGAAUGGUCAAUAUGCAAGCUCUCAAAGCAGGGAAAACUAAAACUAAUUAUGAAGGUGCUUAUGAUACUGACAUUGGCACACAAUUUUCGGCAGAAACUAAUAUAGGAGACACAGAUGAAGAAAUGAUGAAUACAUUGUUAAGAUAA